CUUCCAAAAGCAAUAUAUUCUUGAUAUAGAUAAGCCAAAUCAAGCAAAAAUUCAAGGAAACCCAAAAGGCCAUGACUAAAUUCGAGGUGGUACUCAUUGCAACUCCUGGGUUUGGAAACUUUGUUCCCAUUGUUGAGUUUGCUCAACGCCUAAUCAAUCAUGACCCUCGAUUUUCUGCAACAAUCUUGAUCAUCACUAUGCCCGGUCGACCCCUUCUCGACACGUACAUCCAAUCAUGCGUGGCCACGUCGGCCACCAAAAUCAAAUUUGUCCACCUCCCUACUGUGGACCUUCCCUCACCCGAUCAAUCCCAAAUUUUCGUAGCCCAUUUUUCGUCACUUGUUAAAAAACAAAAACCCAAUCUAAGACAAGCAAUCACAAACCUCAUGGGAACCGAGUUGGACUCAGACUCAGAGUCCAACUCAGUUCCACAACUUGCUGGGUUAUUCGUCGACAUGUUUUGCACUUCGAUCAUUGAUGUUGCUAAAGAGCUUGACAUUCCUUGCUACCUUUACUUUGCCUCUCCAGCUUCGUUUCUCAGCUUCAUGCUUCAUCUUCCUAUCCUUGACACCCAACUCACCACCACUGAGUUAGCCGAGUUGGAUACUGAGUUGGUCAUCCCUGGUUUUGUUAACCCUGUUCCUCCAAGAGUGUUGCCUCCAGUAGCGUUGAAGAGAGAUGGGUUCUCUUGCUUUUUGUACCAUGGACGUAGGUACUUUGAAACAAAGGGCAUUAUUAUAAACACACUUCAAGAGCUUGAGCCUCAUACACUCAACUAUUUCUCCACAAGUCAAAUGCCACGAGUUUAUCCUAUUGGGCCUGUUCUUGACCUUGCUGGCCCGGCCCAGUGGCACCCAGACCAAGCCCAUCACCAAAAUAUUCUGAACUGGCUUGACGACCAACCUCUAUCAUCAGUGGUGUUCUUAUGCUUUGGUAGCAAUUGGAGCUUUGAUGUGCAGCAAGUGAGAGAAAUAGCCCAUGGACUUGAACGGGCGGGGGUUCGAUUCUUAUGGUCAUUACGUGAGAAACCAAAAACCCAAUUAAAUCUUCCAAAUGAUUACACGAGUCUUGAGGAGGUUUUGCCAAAUGGAUUCUUGGAACGAACAGUUGGGAUUGGUUUGGUGUGUGGAUGGGUCUCGCAAGUGUCAAUCUUAGCCCACAAAGCAAUCGGAGGAUUCGUGUCACAUUGUGGUUGGAACUCAAUUUUGGAGAGCUUGUGGCACGCUGUACCAAUUGCCACAUGGCCAAUUUAUGCUGAGCAACAAAUGAAUGCGUUUAUGAUGGUUAAGGAAUUGGGCAAGGUUGUUAAACCCGGACCGGACCGUACGGUCCGACCGUAA